AUCAUCACGUCACGUGACAGUCAUCAUCAUGGCGGCCUCCCGGACGCGGUGUUUACGUUCUGGGAUGUGGAUUCUGUUGUUUUACGGCGUCUUUUCGCAGUUAGCGGAGGUUUUGACUGACAACGCGCUCAGCUGCGAAGACCUCCGGCUCGGACAGUAUCUGUGUAAUGAGCCUAAGAUUGACGAAGCCACUCAGGAGCCAGAGAACUGCAGGGACACGACGGCCUGGGUGGAGUGCCUUCCAGCUCCAAACAUCAGCUGUCGACUAUCUAACGGGACAGAGUUCAAGUUCAGUGGUAAAGAGGUGGGCUUCAACAAAACCAUCUCCUGUAGGAACGUGAGUGGUUAUUCCUACAAAGUCGCUGUGGCUCUGUCUCUGUUCCUCGGCUGGCUCGGAGCUGAUCGCUUCUACCUGGGCUAUCCUGCACUGGGACUGUUAAAGUUUUGCACAGUUGGAUUCUGUGGAAUUGGGACUUUGAUUGACUUCAUACUCAUCGCCAUGCAGAUCGUGGGUCCAGCAGACGGAUCGAACUACAUCGUGGAUUAUUACGGCGCCCGGCUGACCCGCCUCUCCAUCACCAAUCAGACGUACAGGAAGCCUCACCUGUCUCUGUGAAAACACACAAACCCUGGUGCAGUGAACCAUGUAAACUCUGAAAUGUCUUCACUGUGUGACCUGAUGGAAUAUUCAGGAUUCUUUUUUUUCUUUUUUUUCUAAAUUUGACCUGUCAGUAAUCUCAGAUUAAACUCAAAUGGUGACCGUCGCGUUUGUGUAACUGCAGAAGUUACCAGGCCUUUGUUUGAGUUAGAACUGUUACUAUUUCAGUACAAAAGAUUCAUUUAAAACACUUUGAAAGUGGAACUUUGGGAGCCUGGUUGUUUCCUCGUGUGUCGUUUCCUCCUCCUCACCUCCUCACUUCCUCACUUCCUCCCACAACAGUUUCUUCUGCUGCUUUUUCGCCAUCUCUGAACGUCUAAAAUAACGCUAUCACUGAAGCAAUUUGUGUUUGACCUCCUGAGUCUGAGGACUCUGGGUCAGCGGCCCUGACCCCUGAUGGAGGCUGGUAUUCCACUAACAGGCAGUAGGGGGCAGUGGAGACAGUUGUCGUAUACGACUCUGAAGCUGUUAAAUCAGGGUUAAAAUCCUGCUUUAAACUUUUCAUGUUGUUUGGAUAAGUAAUGAAAGAAACAUCAUCAUAUAUACAGUAUAUAUAUAUAUAAACAGGAGCUGUGAAAGACUUUAAUCCACAGACAACUGCAGGCAGAAAGUAGUGAGACCUUCAAACCUCAGGAGCCUCGUGAAAAGAAUAGAAAUGUGCUCAGAUAUGAAUGUUCCUGUAAGUGAAACACGCACUCGUGGGACAGACUUGUUAAAUAUCACAGAGUAAAGUCCGGCUUUAAAGGAGCUUUUUAAAAAGUGACAGCAUGUGUCGCGGGAAUCUUUUUUCUUUCUCCCUCCGGGGGGCGCCACUGAUCACAGGGCUCUGUCCGCUCUGAGGUUAUGAAAAUUAUAUUUGUGCCAGUGACACAAGUGGAUGAUCAGAAUUCUUCAGAUUAUAAUUUUAGAUGAAUUAUUGUCUCGAUCUUCGUCGUUCAGCCCGAGUACACAAAGUACCACACUGAGUUUUCCAAGAUUCUUCUCCUCUGACAUCUUUUUCUUUUCCCCGUCUGUACGUAAUCUGUACAUAAUCUGUACGUCAUCAUGUACACGUUCAAUCAAACCGACUUUAGGAGCCAUUUAAAGUGCCGUGACUCUGGUUAUUUUCUGCCCAUUAACCGACGUUGGAUUAAGCUGCUGAUCAUCUGUUCUUCAUGUUCUCUACAUGUUGAUUUAUGUUGCUGUAAUAUAUUGUGCUCUUAAAUUAUAUUUUGUACAUGAAAGCUGAUGUAAAAACAACAUUAUUUUGUGUUUGUUUUUGUUGAAUAAAUGUCAUGUUUGUGACAGACACAAGCUGAUACAUUUGUACACGUGCUAUUUUUUUUUGUCCAUUAAAUAAGAAACUGACGACA